UUAAUGACGAAUUAUCAUGAUGAUUAAAAGAUCAUUACGCAUAAAUUUUUGCUAAAAAUCAUUAAUUUCACGCGGACAUAGUGAUUCUUAGUGCAUUCGACAUAUUUUUAUCCUACAUUGAGAUCGAUGAUCGAAGAAUGAGAUUAGACGAUCUGAAGAACAGUCGCAUGAUCACUGUCGUGGUGGUCUAUCUCAGCCUCUUUCUGGAUAACGUCCUAUUGACUGUAGUCGUGCCGAUUAUCCCCGAUUAUCUGUGCACGCUCGAUGCGAAUACGACCGCGAGCGGCGAGGAGGACGAAAACGGUCGAGUGGGAUUACUCCUGAGCUCGAAGGCUCUGGUCCAAUUAAUUUUGAAUCCCGCCGUAGGCACUCUCACUGGCACUCUGGGCUACGCCAAGCCCCUAUUGCUGGGAAAUCUCAGCCUCUUGCUAGCUGCUUUGCUGUUCGCCUUCGGACAAACGUACGAGAUACCAAGUGAGCAGCAAACUACUUGGCGGCAUUUAUUAUCUAAUCCACAUAUUCUCAUCAUCUCUGGUGCAAUUUGGUGCUCGACAUCGCCGAUGGCAAUACUAGAACCUUGCCUGCCAAUUUGGCUUCGGACUCAUAUAAAACCCAAGAAAUGGCAACUGGGCACGGUAUUCAUACCAGACAGCGUAGGUUAUCUAAUCGGGACCAACUUCUUUGGUAUGAUAGCGUAUCAUUACGGGCGUAGCAAAGUGGCGAUUCUGGCUAUGUUCGUGGUCGGCAUUAGCGCGAUUUUCAUCCCGUCCGCGAACACAAUGUCACAGUUGAUAUUCCCACAUCUGGGGAUGGGUCUAGGCAUUGGCGUCGCGGAUGCAGCCCUAGUGCCGCUGCUGGCCAGCUUGGUAGACCGAAAUGGCAAUUAUGGACCCGUUUAUUCGAUCCAACAAGUGGCUGUCAGUUUGGCUUAUUCCUUAGGACCUAUUAUGGGAGGUGAAAUGGUCAAAGCUAUUGGAUUCCCAUGGGUCAUGCGAGUCGUGGGCAUCGUGAAUAUGGCGUACUGUCCGCUGUUGAUAUACCUCACGUUGGAACGUAGAAAAUUGUUGGCCAACAAAGAGGAAAAAAAGGAUUACGACACGUUUCAAAAAACCAUCACACCCUAUGAAAGAUUUCACGAUGAAGAUCUUUGACAAGAUAUAUUAUUUGUCGACCGUCCAUUACGUUUUCUAAGAUAUUAUAUCUCUUAAUUGUCAUCUGAUCAUUUAAUUAUCUUUUUAAUUAUAGUUUCUAUUUCAAUGGACAAUUGCGAAAAUCCGCUUUUAGACACCUCGGAAUAGUGUCUAAUAAUGUUAUUGUGUCCCAUCAAUUAAGUACGCCACGCAGACCCGAGUCUUUGUCGUAAUUGGUAAUCCAAGUGAAUUAUUGGCCGAGCAACAACCCCCAGGCUGUCAUCCGUGGCAUGACGACAUUUCUCGGAUCGGAGAGCAGAAAUUUGCUGAAUUCGCGAGGCAGGACAAGAAACGCGCGCUUCCGAUAGCGGAAAAUGACGACGAUCGAUCGGAUGUAAACCGGUAGCUCUCUCUGAGAGCUUAUUAGUGCACUCAAUCUAUAGCGAAAUUCGUUUAAGUUGCAUUAACGGUCCACCGUCUGCCGUAAACAUUGACUCGUCAUUAGCUUUCGUGGAUCGCCGUGCCUUACACAAUGUAUUCGAUCAGUCACGCCUUCCACAAUCCGUCGUAUGUAAAAUCAGAUGCCGAGUUUAAAAAAAAAAUCCCCGGGCGAAAUUUCAAGAAUAAUAAUUAAAAAUAAAUAAUUGCAUUUGCAUUUCUCUUCGAAUGCACACAAGUGGCGAUACUCUUAUUUAGUUUUCUUUUAAUUUAAUUGCGAAAUUUUUACAUCUUUGAUAUAAUUGUCCUUAUGGCGGUAUUAUAAAUUAUGGCGGAUUAUUCGUUCUUUUUCAUUUCGAUUUAUGCAAAAACGCUCCUAUUCCGUGUUAUUCCGCGAAGAGCCUAAUGAUUUUGGCUUGUCCGAUCAAAUGACGCAAAUAUUGAUCGUAAAAAAGUUUAUGCGCAUAGAUAAAUCCCGGCUAUUUUCCUCGAAGAAGUCGGAGGCGUAACGUAAACAGAACGGCGGUACCGUCGGUGUCCGAAGGAUUUGUAAAUGGGAAGCAAGGCGCGAGAGGAGGCGAAAUGGGGCGUGACUUUGCGCCCCGGGGUUUAUUCGGUGAACAACGCCGAUCGUCAUUAGCAGGGGGGUGUUGGACUAAUCGUAUCGCCGCCACCACCGUGGCGAGGGAAGCGUUAAAUGCAACUCUGUAAACGACGUGCGUGGAUAGCUUUCUAAAAGUGAAAACUGUGUCCCCUCGUAAAACUUUGCGUAUUAAUUUAGAAGUGAAUUAUUAAUAAUGCAGAACUAACGUCAUUAUAAUUAAUCAAUCGAUAUUGAGUUUCAUUACCGCGGAGUUUUAUAUACCGCUACCAGCUACAUUUGUAUUAUAUAUCCUCGCAUCUGUAUUACACUAUAUAUCUGCGCUUUAUCGCUAUCCUAUUUUACAUCCUUCAAGAAUGUACUCUAAUUUCAGUUGCGAGAUCGAUAAUAAGACGCUUUUUUUUUCUCUCCCGACGAGGGAAUAAAUAGCUUUAUAUAUAAAUGUCAACAUUAUCCAGAUUCAAUCGAAAAUUGACAAAAUAAUAACUUUGUUGCAUUAGAGCACUCUUUACAAACUUACGUAAAUGUGUAUUUUAUCUAUCCUCUAUCUAUUUCAUUCGCAGUUUCCUCUGUAAUCAUUUUAUUUUCACUAUUUCACCUAAUCAUAUACAUAUUUAGCCGAAAGGUCAAUCCUGUUCGGUAGCGAGCCAAUAAUUAAGGUUGGUUAAAUUAUAUUCUAUAAAUAGGAAAUCGAUAUACGCGUAGGGUUCGUGCGACUUUAAUUCCACACAAAAUAAAGUGCGCCGUGCAAAGUUCACCACACAAAAGCUCUCGGCUGCGUCGUUAACGGUGAGGCAGGUAAAAAAGAGUCGUGAUAAAACGCAAACGACGACGGUGACAAGGAGGAGAAGUCGACGACUGAAGAGGACGAAAAGAGUGUCGCGUAUAUAUAUUUAAUGGAAGAGCAUGAUGAUGGUCCAGUGAUUUUCGACCGCCCCCGCGAUGGUGAAAC